UAUCAGUAAAAGAGUAUUUCGGUCCAUAUAGUGUUUGGCUGCACGUGGUUAACCUCUAAUCAUUUCUUCGUAUAUAUCGUGAAAAUGUUCCGUAAAUAUUUUAUUAUAUUAUUAUAAUAUAUAAUAUAUAAUGCAAAAAUAUUAGCAUGUAUAAAAAAGAGAUGAAAAACCUCGAGGACAUAGUUAGGGUGAAGCAAGAGCCGAACGAGACUUGGUCAGAUACGGUGGACUCUUGUGAAUCGAACAACUUUAGAGCAUUAACUUUUGGUGGAUCGUCAGCUACUCACUUGAAUGAGGGUAUGGCGUUGCAGGAAAAGUUAGAUGAAAAACUUUUCGUAGAUAGUGAGUACCGGGAUAUCAAAACUGAAUGGAAGCCAUUAUCGACGAGUAUCAACAAAACAGAGUACCAAAAUUAUCCGUCAAUUGUAAAAAUAGAAAACGAAAGUCAGAAGAAUGACAAGAAUGAAAAUAUGCUCAUUGUUUUUGAGUGUAAGAAUGUUAAGCCAGAACUGAAAUUUUUAUCGAAUGCCGCUUGCAAAACUGAGCCACAAAAUUGUCUACCUAUUGUGAAAGUAGAAAAUAAUCAAAUUCAGACAAAUAAUUUCAAUGAAAAAGAACAGGAAAUUUUGGUAAAAAACGAGUUCAUUGACGAUAACGGUCCAAUUCAAGUAAAUCUUCAAUUGAAAUUUGAAGAAUAUAAGGAGGCGAAAACAUCGAAUACAACUUCUCAAAACAUUGAAUCAUCUUAUGAGUGUCAAAAAUGUCGAAAAAUUUUUAAGGGAGGAGCCAGUUUGAAUGCACAUAUGAAUGCAACACAUAAAAGCCUUAGACUACAGGAAUUUGAGAUUUGCCGCAAGUCAUUUGGAAACCAAUGCACUUUCACAAAUCGCGCAAACGAAGUACACGAUAGUAUCAAACCUUUUGAAUGUGAAAUUUGUCAAAAAUCGUUUAGACUAAGACAUCACCUUAAAUCUCACAUAAAUGGAGUACAUGAUGGCAUCAAACCAUUCGCAUGUGAGAUUUGUCACAAGUCAUACGGCCGCAAGGAAACCCUUCGAUCUCAUAUCAAGACAGUGCAUAAUCUUCGCAAACCCUUCGAAUGCGAGAUUUGUCUUAAAUCAUUUGGAUACCAGCAUCACCUCAAAGCUCACGUAAAAACAGUGCAUGAUCCUUGUAAACCUUUUCAAUGUGACAUUUGUCAUAAAUUAUUCGAAGAUAAAGGUAACCUCAAAUCUCAUAUAAUUGCAUUGCAUAAUCGUAGCAACCCCUUCGAAUGUGAAAUUUGUCAUAAAUCAUUUGGAUGUCAGAGCACCUUGAAAAGUCACGCAAUUACAGUACAUAUUCGUAGCAAACCUUUCGAAUGUAAAAUUUGCUGGAAAUCAUUUUCACUAAGACAUCACCUUAAAUCUCACAUAAAUGGAGUACAUGAUUGCAUCAAACCAUUCGCAUGUGAGAUUUGUCACAAGUCAUACGGCCGCAAGGAAACCCUUCGAUCUCAUAUCAAGAUAAUACAUGAUCGGGUCAAACCCUUUGGAUGUGAAAUAUGUCAUAACUCAUUUGGAUAUCAGAACACCUUGAAAAGUCACGCAAUGACAGCACAUAUUCACAACCCUUUUGAAUGUAAAAUUUGCGGGAAAUCAUUUUCACUAAGACAUCACCUUAAAUCUCACAUAAAUGGAGUACAUGAUUGCAUCAAACCAUUCGCAUGUGAUAUUUGUCACAAAUCUUUCCAACGAAAAGAAACUCUUCAAAUUCACACAACUACAGUACAUGAUCGUAUUAAACCGUUCAAAUGUGAGAUUUGUCGCAAAUCAUUUGGACUUAAAUGUGGCCUCAAAGCUCACGUAAAUACAGUACAUGAUCGGAUCAAAUCCUUGAAUGUGAAAUUUGUCACAAGUGGUACGGCCGUAACGAAACCCUCCAAUCUCACAUAAAGUUUGUACACAAUCGAAUCAAACCCUUCGAAUGUCAUAUUUGUCAUAAAUCAUUCGCAUACAACUAUCACCUCAAAACUCAUAUAAAUGAAGUACAUAUUUGUAGCAAAUCAUUUGAAUGUCAAAUAUGCCACAAAUUAUACGUCCGCAAGGAUACUUUAAGAACUCACAUGAAUACCUACCAUGCAUUAAAUUGAAGAUUUUAAAAAUUUCGAUUUUUUUACGCGUAAUUGUGACGCAACAAAGCCUUCUGUAAUCGCAUAAAUAUGCU